AUUUUUGGCACGUUUCAAUGGACACCACACAACUAGAUCGACCUGCAACCCGCGACACCCGCGCUGACCCUGAGACCUCGCCAGUUCAACAGGAAGUGAAGGGGGUUUGUCUGUCGGUGCCCCCCUCUAAAGCACAGAGUGAGAGGCCCAGCAGUAUAGUGUCGGACAGUUCUGUAGAGCCUGUACCUUCAUCAGCAGCGUCCUCUCCCUCCUCUUCCUCACUGUGUUAUGAGGCUGAUGGGACGUGCAGCCGGUUUCUUCAACAACAACUAUCUGGACCUGACAGAGACAUGUGAGCCCAGAGAGAGAGACAAACGAAGAGAGAGAGAAAGACGGGAGGAGAGAGAGAGUUUGGGUGCUCACGGAGGUCCAUACAGCUUCAUUAAUCACAGAGCUAAAGUCCCAUCAGUCCCUGCUGAUACAGUCAUACCCAUCAAUGAGCUGGAAACACAGGUGUUUGCGGUUCAUUAUCUGGGCUGGUUAGAGGUGCGAGAUUCAGAUAUGAUGUGCAGGAAAAGCGGCAUGGUGGUUAGUGAAUGUAUCCAACAGCUGCAGUGGCAGCGAGAGAAAGACAGCACAAGAGACAGGGCGGGGGCACAAGCGAUGCUAUUGGUUCUGCAGGACGUCACUCUUACCCUGAUUGACCCGACUGACCACACCCUCCUGCACUCUCAGCCAAUCAGCUGCAUCCAUGUAUGGGGAGUGGGGCGGGGCUUCAGCAGGGAUUUUGCUUAUGUGGCCCGUGACAAGAACACUCUUGUGUUAAAAUGUCACGUCUUUCAAUGUGACAGUCCAGCAGAAUCCAUCGCCAGCAGCCUGAAGCUCAUCUGCUCCACGAUUAUGGCCGAGCGGAGAAGUGCUGGUUCUGUCGCAGGAUCUUCAUCUCAAUUCAGUUCAGAUGUUCCUCUCAGAGUAGAGUUCCCAACACCAAAGACUGACGUCCAACACAGUUUCCACGUGCUUUAUCUCGGCAUGACCUCAGUACUGAGACCGAUAGGAAUGGACAUGAUCAAUGGAGCGAUAGACAGUCUGAUGUCCACUGCAGGGAAAGAAGACUGGACACCCGUCCUGCUCAAUGUCGCUGACGCCACGAUCACUGUCAUCAAAGAAAAGGAAGAGGAGGAGGAAGUCAUGGUGCAGUGUCGCGUGCGGUUCCUGUCGUUUAUGGGUGUCGGUCGUGACGUCCACACGUUUGCGUUCAUCAUGGACACGGGAAACCAGCACUUCCAGUGUCACGUGUUCUGGUGUGAUCCCAACGCUGGGAGCGUGUCAGAGGCCGUACAGUCGGCAUGUGUGUUGCGCUAUCAGAAGUGUUUGGGGAAGAGCAGCUCCUCGGCUCCGCCCCCUUCUGACUCCGUAACACGCCGCGUGACGUCCAGCGUGAAGCGUGGGGUCCAAUCAAUUAUAGACACUCUGAAAAAGAAGCCCGCCCCCGAAGUUCCCCAACAGUGACAGAACAGCAGUGAUGGACAGCAGGUGGGGGCGGGGUUUAUUUAACGAUGCAGCCAAGGAGAAACACACACCAAGAUUAACGAGGAGCGCAAGAAGAACUUCACCUUUGACCUUUAAUCGUGUGUGCAGAAUGAAGCAUGCCUAUGCCUUACACCAACACACACGGUCUCACGGUAUUUUCUGCCGAGUGUCAGAGAGUGUCGGAGUGAAAUUAAAGUUCAAUGUCGUUCAUGUGUGCUGAGAUUUGUGCCAUUGUGCGUUUCAUUUCACAGCAGCCGCUCAGUCAAACCAUUCACACACGUGGGAAAUUGGAUCUGUUGACAUUUUUCUUCUCUUUCUCACAUAUGUUGAUAUUGUCCGGCGUUGGGUAGCAGGAGAGGAAAGGUUUGUGUGAAUUCACAGAUCUCACAUGUCAUGAUGAUAUAAAGAUAUUUUCUGUACUUGGGAAUGUUGUAAUACUCUGGAGUGUGUCUGUGAUAUCUGUUACAGGGAACGAAUCGGGAAUUGUGAAUGUUUUACGAGGUUUUAAUCUGGUCACACGUGCACUCUCCUUUAGUUAGCAACACGGCUAGAAACAUACUCUACACAAGUCCGUGUUCGUGUGUUACUGUGGCGGUAACAAACUUUAUUUUUUGUUAUUAGGGCUGUCGAUUCAACAUGCUAAUUCGAUUCAUGUCCCUGGACCGUAAUAAUAAUAAUAAUAUGGAAUAUUCCAUCAGUGCAGUUAAAGCGUGCAGUACCAGCUGUUUUCAGCAGGGGGCAGUAAGUGAAACUCCAGCUGACAACAAACACACUCAGCUCGACACUAGAGACGGCGCAAGAUGAGGAUGCGUUCUUGCGUUCAGACAGCGCAUUUCAAACUACGUUGAACGACACAACGGAUUAAAAACACUGUGUAUGACACGACGCAAUCAAAGUGAUUUUUGAGAGCCUUUCUCAGCAAUAUAUAUAUAUAUAUAUGCGAUUGAUUGGAUUAACUAAUCUGUAUAUCAUUUAAUUUAUUAUUAUUAUAUAAUUUAAUAUUAGAUUAAAACACAUGUAAUCGAUAUUAGUUGUUGGUUGUUAUUCAUGUAACUAGCUAUAACUAGUGUUGUCACGACACCAACGUUUCAGUAGUUGAUACAAUACUAGUCAAAUUUCAUGAUUCUCUACCAAUUUCGAUACCAGAAUAAAAAUAAGUAAUAUUCUAUUAAACACUCUCCUUUAGCCGUUUUAACAAAGUAAUAAUAAAUGUAACAAUUUAAUAAUAAAUUAAAGAAAUUGCAUAUAUAUAUAUAUAUAUACUGUAUAUAUUAAUAAUAAUUAUAAUAGUAGUAGUAAUAAUUAUUAUUGUUUUUAUUAUCAUCACUAUUACAUUAGGUAUUACAUUAUACUAUACGCAAGUUAUAUAUUUUUUAGUCGCAAUGCAUCAAGCUUUUAUUUUUUUUAAUUUUCUUUCCCGUUUUGGAACGCCAAAUUCCCAAUGCACUCCAAGUCCUCGUGGUAGUGUAGUGACUCGCCUCAAUCUGGGUGGCGGAGGACGAGUCUUUGCCUCUGCGUCUGAGACCGUCAAUCUGCGCAUCUUAUCACGUGACUUGUUGAGUGUGUUACCGUGGAGACGUAGCACGUGUGGAGGCUUCACGCUAUUCUCCGCGGCAUCCACGCACAACUCACCACACGCCCCACCGAGAUCGAGAACCACAUUAUAGUGACCACGAAGAGGUUACCCCAUGUGACUCUACCCUCCCUAGCAACCGGGCCAAUUUGGUUGCUAAGGAGACCUGGCUGGAGUCACUCAGCACGCCCUGGGAUUUGAACUAGCAAACUAGCGAACUCCAGGGGUGAUAGCCAGCAUCUUUUACCACUGAGCUGCCCAGGCAAGCUUUUAAUUUAUUUAUUUGAUUUAUUAAAGUAUUAUAUUAUAUUUAAUUAUAAACAUAUAUAGUCUGUAGGCACUGCACACUUUACAGUGAAUGUGCAGUCUCUUCUGUCAUCUACUACAACAAGCACAACAAGUGAUGCUCAUAAAAUCUGGUGUUUUCAGUGUAUGAGCGGCUUCACAUAUUCGCUUUGAAGCGUGCAGCACAUACAGACUGUGACUGUGUAUAUUGUGACAGACUGAUCAUGUGACUUUCAAGAUUCUCCUCGAACUGUUGCUCCGUGAUGAAAGAGAGAAAACAGACCGUGUAGGAGGCCAAUGCCAACCAUAGCACCCCUAGUGGCAAAUGCUGAGAAUGGCAACUUGCGUUAUGCUACAAAUCGGCAAACCUCACAAAAACUGUCAAGAAAUAUCCUGCUCAUAUUCAACCCCCAAAUGAAUGCAAAAAAAGAUUACGUUAUAUUUUGCACCAAGACACUGAACUCUACAUUCAUGACCGUUAAGAUUUUUUGCAGGACACUUAAAGGUGCAGUACGCGAUUUUAGCCAUCAAGAUGAACCGCUGCAUUAGCCACGCCCCUUUUUCUAAAACUCCCACACUCCAAAGAUACCAAAUGAGCUUUAUUGUGACCGACACGAGCAGAAACGGUUGUUAAAAACACCAGCAGUAAAACAGCGCCCUCUAAUGGCAACGGCUCUGAACAACAUGGCAUAAAAAUGGCAUUAAGCCUCACAGAUUCACUGCAACACUAUGGGAACGAGCAAAAUGAUUGACAGGCGUCAGAGAUGGCGGUCCGCAGACACAUUUUUGUUUACAAAGUCUAGUGAUGUCACAGAGACUGCUGAGAUAUCUUAAGAGCACAAAUGCUGAAUUCGCAACAGCUCGCAUCGUAACGCCAGCACGGAGAUGUUAUUAGCAGUGAAAUCAGGAACAGCCAAUCGCCAUCGCACAGUUGGAACAGAGAAAUGGCAAAUCAGCUGCACCUGAAACAGGCACACCGAGCACAAACGGACUCAGAAGGAGCAAAGCAGAACAGCACCAAUGCACAAAACACACACAGGACGUCUACUAUUCCCAUGGCUGGGGGCGUGACAUGUCUGUAGAGUUCGUACAAAUAAUUCCACAAUCUAUAAACGUUUUAUGGCGCAAUGUUUGUUUGUUUGUUUGUUUGUUGUUGAUUUUGGAGUCAAAUAGCACCAGGACAUAUUCUUGACAUGUCCCGUGAGAAUCACCCUAAUUGCGGCGUGAUACAUUUCGUAAUCCAGCGGUGUAGCUUGAAGCGUCUGCGUUUACGCACUUGUGUAGAGUGUGUUUCAGGACGGUGAACGAUGUACAAGCUGCAGAUGUCAUAAACACAUGAAUGUUAUUUCUCACUAAAUGCUUUGAUAAACUGACCACUGAACACUCUCAUACUAAUGUAACCUGUUGUGGAAAUAAAUAACAUCAAAACAUGUCAAUGUAGCGUCUCUGCAGUUUAUU